UCUCAGUCAUAUAUAUCUCUCCCCCCACUCUUCUGCCCUCCCCAUCUAACUCCCAUCUAACUCCAAAUUUCAAACCAAACUCUCAAACCACAAACCCAAAAAACCCACUGAUUUGAAAACCCACUCAAACCCAGAUUGGCCAUGAGCAGCUCUAGUAGCUACACCACCAACCUAUCUCAGUACGAUGGAGAUGAAAGAUGCAGAUGUGGUUGGAGGGUUGUGAUGCAAACGUCACUAACUGUGAAAAAUCCAGGAAGAAGGUUCCUUGGGUGUAGGAAGUACAAGAAAGAAAAUGGAUGCAAUUUCUUUGUCUGGAUAGAUCCUGAAACGUGCCCUAGAGGAUUGGAAUAUGCCAAGAUCAUGCAAGCGAAAAAGGAAGAACUAGAGAAAGAAGUUGAAGAGUUCAAAAUGAUAAUUGAGAGGUUGGAAAGAGGAAGACAAAUGGUGGAAGAAGAAAAUGAUGCACUGGUUGUCAAAUUGGCAGACUUGACUGAAAUGAAUGUCAACCUUACAACAACUAUCGAAGCCCUAAAUGGACAGAUUGGAGCAAUGAAGACUAAAGAGAUAGGACCAAGUUAUUUUAGGAACAUCAUAGUAGUGGUAGUCAUUGUGUGUGUGAUUUGUGUGCUUAUGUCAAGUGUGAAUCAUAAUACCCCUAACAACCAAUAUUUGUAUUUGCCUUAACUAUGAAUGAA